GAGAAGAGGACAAAGAUACUCAGAGAGAAAAAGUAAAGGACAGAAGAAGGAGACUGGAGAGACCAGGAUCCUUCCAGCUGAACAAAGUCAGCCGCAAAGCAGACUAGCCAGCAGGCUACAAUUGGAGUCAGAGUGCCAAAGACAUGGGCUUACUAGAGUGCUGUGCAAGAUGUCUGGUAGGGGCCCCGUUUGCUUCCCUGGUGGCCACUGGACUGUGUUUCUUUGGAGUGGCACUGUUCUGUGGAUGUGGACAUGAAGCUCUCACUGGUACAGAAAAGCUCAUUGAGACCUAUUUCUCCAAAAACUACCAGGACUACGAGUAUCUCAUUAAUGUGAUCCAUGCUUUCCAGUAUGUCAUCUAUGGAACUGCCUCUUUCUUCUUCCUUUAUGGGGCCCUUCUGCUGGCUGAGGGCUUCUACACCACCGGCGCAGUCAGGCAGAUCUUUGGCGACUACAAGACCACCAUCUGCGGGAAGGGCCUGAGCGCAACGGUAACAGGGGGCCAGAAGGGGAGGGGUUCCAGAGGCCAACAUCAAGCUCAUUCUUUGGAGCGGGUGUGUCAUUGUUUGGGAAAAUGGCUAGGACAUCCCGACAAGUUUGUGGGCAUCACCUAUGCCCUGACUGUUGUGUGGCUCCUGGUGUUCGCCUGCUCUGCCGUGCCUGUGUACAUUUACUUCAAUACCUGGACCACCUGUCAGUCUAUUGCCUUCCCUAGCAAGACCUCUGCCAGUAUAGGCAGUCUCUGCGCUGAUGCCAGAAUGUAUGGUGUUCUCCCAUGGAAUGCUUUCCCUGGCAAGGUGUGUGGCUCCAACCUCCUCUCCAUCUGCAAAACAGCUGAGUUCCAAAUGACCUUCCACCUGUUUAUUGCUGCGUUUGUGGGUGCUGCAGCCACACUAGUUUCCCUGCUUACCUUCAUGAUUGCUGCCACGUACAACUUCGCCGUCCUUAAACUCAUGGGCCGAGGCACCAAGUUCUGAUUUCCCGUAGAAAUCCCCCUUGAUCUAAUAGCGAGGCUCUAACCACACAGCCUACAGUGUUGUGUCUCCUAUCUUAACUCUGCCUUUGCCACUGAUUGGCCCUCUUCUUACUUGAUGAGUAUAACCAGAAAGGAGAGUCUUGUGGUGAUUAAUCUCUCUCUGUGGACUCUCCCUCUCAUGUACCUCUUUCAGUCAUUUUGCUCCACAGCUGGUUCCUGCUAGAAGUGGGGGACGCCUGAGAAGGUGAUUCCCCAGCUGCAAGUCACAGAGGAAUGGAAGCUCUGGUUGAGUUUGCAAGCAUCUCCUGAAGCCCAGGAUGUGCUUCCUUCUCAAAGGGCUCUUCCAUUGAGGAAAACAAAGUGGAAAGAAAGAUUCUCAGGUAGAGAGCAGGAAUGUCCUUGGCCUCCUUGUCAUCAGUAGGAGCCAAAUAUAUUCUCCUUGAUGCACAAAAUGAAGAACUCACUCUUAUCUUCCUGUUUCCACUGAAGACAGAAGAAAAUAAAAGCAUGCUAGUAGAGCAAUACCAUUUGCCCAAAUGUGUUCCUGCAGCUGGGAGAAGGGGGUCAAAGCAAGGAUCUUUCACCCUUAGAAAGAGAGCUUUGACCCCAGUGGCAUUGGACUAUUUAAGCCCUCACUCAGCCUACCUGCCUUACAGCAUAAGGGAGCACAGUGUCUGUGUAGACAAAGGGGGCAUCAUUUGUCCUUACACCUCAUUAGGAAGAGAAGCAGUGUUGUCAGGAUCUUCUUACUCCCUUCUCCUUGAUAACAGCUACCAUGACAACCCUGUGGUUUCCAAGGAGCUGAGAAUAGAAGGAAACUAGCUUAUGUGAAAUAAGACUGUGACCUAAGGAGCAGCAGUGGGUGGAGGCUAAAGGUGUAAUUUGAGCUGGCCCUCGGGUAGAUGCAAGAUAGUUAACUCUUUGCAUAGUAUAUCUUUCUUUCCCUGUCACUUAGUUGUGUCCAUAUCUUCACAAUGGUGCUCUUUUCCUGGGGUUUAUCCAUUCACUCAUAGCAGGUGAUUUGAAGAUCUUGAUUCGUUUCAGAAUGACUCAUGCUUCAUAUUUUCCAAUUGUUUAUCUCUUCUUUGGAGUUGUAUCAGAAAGAUUUGGAGAAUGAUUCUUUGAAUAUGGGUCUUUUUUGGGGGAAAAGGAAAACUGGACAGUAAGCAUCACAAAAUAUUUGAAAUUGUCUAGUCCCAUGAAUUUAUUGGGUUUUCCACAAACAUUCUGCCAUUUGUAGAAGUAGGUUUGUUUGGUAAAUUUAAACUUCAGUUUGAGUUACCUGUCCAACAUUUUCUUUCCUAACAAAUGACAGAUGAUUUAACUGGCUAAUAUUAUCUCAGUAUUUUGAGAAUUAGGUUUAGCAUAGAGGUUGUUAUCUCUUGGUAUAUAUAGGUCACAUAAUAGGUUGUACCAGCUGUCAGCUGUUCAGUUGGUAGGCUUCCACAGAGAUCUGAAGACAUGGAGAGGACAGACAGCAAGAAUUUGAAACCUGAACAACUCCCAGAUUUCAGGCUUACCCUCUAUUUGUUAACUUUUGGUUAAAAAACAAACCCUUGAUCUGUUUUGAUUGAUGGGAAAGCGAUUAUAGACCUUUUAUUGUAGAUUUGUGUUGUUAUUCCCCAAAGUGGUUUCUUCUGUGUUGAAGGAGAUAUGACUUUGCAAGAAGACAUUUUGAGAGUUAUUCUUGGGCCGGUAUAUAAGGUAGAUUAGCAGGAAGCACAAGGGUGGUGAGAUGGGAAAGGAUCUGUAAGAAACCAAUCAAGAUCAAGAAACGUGAAAUAACCUAUAUCUUUUAUUUUGUUUUAAUUUAAUAGCAUAACAGAUAACCAACCAUUCCCUGAAGACCUCACAUGCACACACAUGUACACGCACACACAUGCACAUACACAUACAAAGAGAGUUAAUCAACUGCAAGUGUUUCCUUCAUUUCUGAUAUAGAA